CGGAAACAAAACAUAAUGCUUGUUAAUUAAUAAUCCAAAGUAAAUAAAGAAAAUCAAAACCCACUUCUGAUUGUCAAUUAAUAAGAAUAACUCAAAUUAAAUGGUAUAUUGCCCAAAAAUCAUUUUAAUCAAGGAAUCACUAAUAGAUUUUAAAGCACUGUUUCUUGUUAUUAACAAUCAUUGACGAAAUGCACAAGCUCAAGAUCAUUAUAAGAAUAAAUUGAAAGAAUUGCCAAAAAACUUAAAUAAAAAUAGGAAAAAGAAGGAGUUCAACAACCUUUAGAUUUAAAUAAAUAUACAAUUGAUGAAAUGGUUGAUAUACUUAAAAAUGACAAACUGUUGCAUAUUAGAUCAUUAUAACUUUAACCAAGCUCAAAUAAAAAUAAAUAAAAAAGUCCAAAGAGCAUUUUUCCUCCGCUGUAAUUAAAAUAGAAUUUUUAGAGUUUUGAAACAACAAAAAGUUCUGAAAAUGAAACUCUCACUAAUAAAUUAGACUUUAGAUAUUAAAAAUAAAAAUAAUCAAAACCAAAAACAAUAUAAAAAACUGAAAGCAGAGAAAGUAUUAAACCUUCAGAAGAUUUAAGAAAAAAAAGAACAGUUUCAUAAGUUAUAGAGCCUCCUACGCAAUAAUUAUCCAAAAAAGAAAGAAUAAAUAGAGCUUUAUAAAACUCGCAAAGAAUAGUACAAUUAUGUAGUUAAUUUAACGAAAACAAUAUUACCAAAGAAGAAUUGCAUUAAUUAAUCAAAACUGAAGGAUUUAAAUUGCAAUUUGAAUGCUUAGUUUAAUUUAGUGAUAAUAGUUUGGAUUGCAGGGCUCAAUUACAAAAUUUUAUGAAUUCAUAAAUUAAAAAAUAUACUGAAUUAAGAAAUGCUGAAUUAGAGCACUAAAGUAUUUAAAUUAUUUAUUUAAUAUAGCUAAGAAAGAGAAUUUUCAUUAGGUGCUAGAUGAAUGUUUAAGAAAAUUAAAAUCUAUAUAUUGA